AUGGAUUUCGUUGUAGACUAUCAGACCUACGCAAUGGCGGAUACUGCCACGCCAGAAUUACCAGAACCUGAGCCAAGACUAAACUUAACCUCAGAUGCACAGUCACAGCCCACCGGUAAACUAGAUCUACAGUUUAAGUUGCCCGACCUUCAACGUUAUUCCAAUAAUAAUGCAACUUUGCCAGUAGAUAAUGAUGGUGCUGGUUCGAAAGACCUACAUAAGAAAAUGACACAUUACGCAAUGUCUUCCAUUGAUAAAAUACAGCUUUCAAAUCCAAGCAAACAAUUAGGGCAAAAUUCCCAGGAUGAAAAACUAUCGCAGCAAGAAUCUCAAAAUUUCACGAAUUACGAGCCAAAAAACCUUGAUUUAUCAAAAUUAGUAUCCCCGUCAAGUGGUUCCAACAAAAAUACCACAAAUUUGGUUCUUUCGAAUAAACUAUCCAAGAUAUUGAACAAUUACACAUUGAUUAACUAUCAGGCCACAGUCCAACUAAGAAAAUCCCUAAAGGUUCUAGAAGAGAAUAAAGAGAGAUUGUCCCUUGAUGAACAAAAGCUCAUGAAUCCUGAAUAUGUAGGUACUUUGGCAAGAAGAGCAUUGAGGACUGAUUUGGAAUCUCAACUGCUAAAGGAACAUAUUACGGUACUUGAGGAAUUCAAACCUAUCAUUAGAAGGAUUAAACGAUUAUCUUCUUCCGUCGAAAAAAUACAAAGAACGAGCGAAAAAUUACUAAGUAAUGAGACAAAUGAGGUUCCAACAAAUAACGUGGUACUUCAGGAAAUAGAUCAAUACCGUUUAAAGGCAGAGCAGUUGAAGCUGAAAAAAAAAAUACUGUUAUCUAUAAGGGAUAGGUUUACUUUGAAUCAGGUAGAGGACGAUGUAAUCACCAAUGGUACUAUAGACAACAUCUUUUUCGAGGUAGUAAAGAAAGUAAUCAAUAUUAAAGAUGAAUCAAGUUUCUUGCUGACGCUUCCUAAUUUGAAUGCUGGAAAUGCUUUGAUAAUGGGAGUUAAUGAAAUUUUAGAAAAGACAAACAAAAAAAUCUUCAAUUAUUUGAUCGAUUUUUUAUAUAGUUUUGAAUCCUCUUCAAAUUUAUUAAAUGACCAUGGUACUACUGAACAAGAAAGCUUAAACAUUUUUCGGAAGAGUCUGGUCUUCCUGUCAAGUGAUCUAGAAUUAUUUAAUGAGUUGUUGAAAAGAGUGACCACACUGAGAUCCAAGAGUAUUCUGGAUGAGUUUUUGUCUCAAUUCGAUAUGAAUUCAACUACCUCUAAACCCAUCAUAUUAUCGGCACACGAUCCAAUUAGGUAUAUUGGUGACGUACUAGCGUCCGUUCAUUCCAUCAUCGCAAAUGAAGCUGAUUUCGUGAAGUCACUAUUUGACUUUCAGGAUGAAGACUUAAAAGAUACCCCAAUUUCUAUACUUCAACAAAACAAGACAUUCUUGAAAGGCAUCGACAACAAAUUGCUGAACGAUAUCAUCCAGUCGCUAUCCAAUUCGUGUCGUAUUCGUAUCGAGCAAAUCGUGAGGUUUGAAGAAAAUCCGAUCAUCAAUUUCGAGAUUGUGAGGCUGCUGAAACUUUACAGAGUUAUGUUCGAGAGAAAGGGAAUUCAGGACGAUAGUUCUAUUAUUAACAAUUUAAAGUCGUUGGAAGACAUUUCCAAAAACAGAAUUAUUGGAUACUAUGAAGACUAUAUGAAGCAAACAGUCAUGGCGGAAACAAAAAAUUCUUCAGAUGAUUUACUGCCACCAGAGUGGCUAUCAGAGUAUAUGAAUAAAUUGGUAGAGUUAUUUGAAAUUUAUGAAAAGACACAUGCUGCCGAAGAUGAGGAAUCAGAAGAUAAUAAAUUGCUCUCAUCUAAGAAUUUACAAACAAUUGUAGAACAACCAAUAAAAGAUGUUCUGUUAAAACAAUUGCAAACAUCUUUUCCUUUGGCGAAAAAAAAUGAAAAAGAAAAGGCAUCAUUGCUAACUAUAGAGAUAAACUGUUUCGAUUUAAUUAAAUCUAGACUUCAACCUUUUGAGGGAUUGUUUGCACAAGAUGAUGACAGCCGGAAAAUCACCAUCUGGGUUUGUGAUAAACUGAAGGAAUAUACUAAGCAAAUGCUAACUUUACAAAUAAAAUUCCUAUUUGAGAAUACAGGUUUAGACCUUUACAGCAAUUUGGUCAAUAUGAUUUUUCCUGUGGACUCAGUAAAGGAUGAAUUGGAUUAUGAUAUGUACUUAGCCCUGAGGGAUAAUUCAUUGAUGGAAUUAGACAUGGUCAGAAAAAAUGUGCAUGAUAAGUUGAACUAUUAUCUACCUCAGGCGUUAACAGAUGUUCAAGGUAAUUUACUAUUUAAAUUAACGUCACCAAUGAUAGCUGAUGAAAUAUGCGAUGAAUGUUUCAAGAAGUUGUCGCUAUUUUAUAAUAUCUUCAGGAAACUGUUGAUUCAUUUGUAUCCGAACAAGAAGGAUCAGGUAUUCGAAAUUUUAAAUUUUUCCACUGAUGAAUUUGACAUGUUGAUAGGUAUUGAUCACUGA